AUGAUCUUGGCCCAAUCGGACCAAGUCAUCCAUGCUCAAGUCGUCUCUAAAGCUGAUAAUCAGUCUGUGUUUGUUUCGUUUGUGUAUGCUAAGAAUAAAUAUCAGGAGAGAAGAACGUUGUGGGAGGAUCUUUGUAAGCAUAAGGGGUUUUGUUAUAACAAGCCAUGGGUCGUAAUGGGCGAUUUUAAUUCCGCGUUACAUCUAGAGGAUUCAUUGAAUGGUCCCUCCACUCCAUCAAUUGUUAUGAGAGAAUUUAACGACUGUGUUCAAUAUGCGGAGUUAAUGGAUAUUAAGGGUCACGGUUUACACUACACAUGGAACCAGAAACCAUCGAAUGGUGGUGGGAAUGGUGUUGGGCUGCUUAAAAAAAUCGACCGUGUGAUGGGUAAUAUGAAGUUCUUGGAAUUAUUUAAGGAUGCAUAUGUCUUGUAUCACCCGUUCCGGAUUUCUGACCAUACCCCAUGCAUUCUUAAGAUAUCUCCUCCACCCAAGGUUCGGCCGAAACCAUUUAAGUUUGCUAAUUUUAUUACCUCCAAGCCGGAAUUCAGGUUAUGCGUUGAAAAGGAAUGGGCUAAGCGGGUAGAUGGUUACAAUAUGUUUGCGGUUACCCAGAAGCUUCGGAAUCUGAAGCCGGAUUUGCGCAAAAUUUUAUUCAAUCAGGGGAAUUUGCAUGAUAAAGUGGCUGAUUUGAGGAAGCAGCUUGAUAAUAUUCAGAUGCGGAUUAAUGACAAUCCGCUUGAUGCCAAUCUUCGUAACAUGGAAGCUCAAUGUCUUAAAGAGUUUCAGAUUGCGGCAUAUGAUGAAGAAUGCUUUCUUAAGCAAAAAGCUAAGGUGGAGUGGCUUUGUGCGGGUGAUUCGAACACUAAGUUUUUCCAUAAUAGUGUUAAAUGCAGGAACGCUAGAAAUAAGAUUCACACUAUUAAGGAUGUUCAUGGGACUCGGUAUGAUGGGGAAGGCAUUAUGGACGCUCUGGUCGCUCAUUAUGCUAACUUCUUAGGUACUGAGGAUCGGGUUGCCCCUAUUGACUUGGAUGACAUUUGUGUUAAUAAGCUAAGUAGUGCAGGUGCAACCAAUAUGGUUCGGCAAGUUACUCGAGAGGAGGUAAAAAAUGCUAUGUUUAGUAUUGGUGUGAACUAUACUCGGCAGGUUUAA